AUAUUGUCAAACGAAGAUAAUUCAUUAAAAAACAUUUUAAAUUUUAUUUUAUUAAUAUAAAAAUCACUUAAAAAUAUUCGUUCGGUAUACCAGGUCAUUUACCCACAAAUUGUGUAAGUAACAAUUUCCUGAUUGCAUGAUGAAAUAACCAAGUCAUUUCCAUCGUAAAAAGAUUGCAAAAGUACUUUGUCGACAGAACGAUGGUUUGGAAAAAACCGGAAAUUCUGCUGACAAAGAAAAUUAACACUAGGGUACGACGAACGAAAUUUGGCAGAGUUACGACCGGGUCUCGGGCAAGAAGAGGUAACCGAAAGCAGUGCGGAAAAGCUUUGUGAAAUGUUUGCUCCAAGAAUAAUAAUAAUGUUAAUCACUAUGGUGCUAAAUCAGGCGCAGAACAUGAAGGAAGAACAAGAUUACAGAGUUGAGGUAAGCGCGGGAGCUUAUUGGAAACCACUCCCAGCGACAAGAAUCUAUGAAGCUACAGUACCAUUGACAUAUGAAACGGAAUGGACCGAGGAUACCGAUGACCACACGAUGGAUGUAGGAAAUCUCAAAUGCAGCCAAUUGCAAACGAACGAAUGCUUCGUAAUAAAUAGUAUAAAUGGACUAAAUAAAGCAUUCUUCAAAGAAUUAACUUUACUUAACGAACACUGGGGCAUAGCACCACUAAGAAACAACGAACCAUCUAAGAGAGAGAAGAGGUCUCUAGACUUUAUAGGCUCAGGAUUAUCAUGGUGUUGCGGAGUGGCAACAUUGCAAAAACUAAAUAUGGUCGAAAACUCAGAUGACGAGAUCAGGAAAAGGCUAGACACAAUGUCACAAGGACUGUCCGAUACCGUAAAACAAAUGAGCGAAAACUCCAAACACUUUCAAGACUAUGAGAAAUUAGUCGCAGCAACGUUCUCGGACACGGAGCUAAGGAUAAAGAGCAUAGAGAGGUUCACUAAACAACUGGAAAAUAAGGUGGCAAAUAUGACAAACGAACAGGAAUUACUAAUAAUGACAAACCUCUAUAACGGAUAUCUAAACCUAAAAAGGAUGGUAUUACUAGUAAGGACUCUCAGGAGACAGGCUAUCGUAAAUUCAUGUAGACACCAUAAAAUACCGGCGGAAAUUGUCAACCCGCAAGUCCUAAAAAAGGAUCUGGAGGAUUUCGAGUCAAAAAUCGCAAAUUCAGAACAAGGACUGGCCAUCCCUACAUCUGAACUAGCAGCAUACUUCGAAAUGCCCAUAUGUGACUGUUCCUUUACAAAAUCAAGUAUAUAUGUUGCACAUAAAAAUUCCAAUAAUUAAGAAAAACAGAAAUUGGCAACUACUAGAGUUAAUAACCACACCCUUUGCUUGGUAUAACCAGACCUGUAUUAUACGCCACCAACCGCUAUACAUUGCAGUGUCCAAAAACGGAAAUAACGAGGGCGACUUAAGACAAAUAUCGGGGACAGGCCUACAUGAAUGUAAGCCAUACCAAAAUAAAUUAUGCUAUUUACCCAGAUUCUCAGCAGACAUCCUACAAGGGCCUGAAUGUGCGAAAAUCCUAUAUCAAGGGGCAACAGUAAAAGAACUAAGCCAAUACUGCCCAAUGGACUGCCACUCAGCAACAUCGAUGACAAUAUCCGAAAUUAAAGACGAAACUUAUGUCAUUACCCACCCGAAACAGGACAUGACCAUCUCUUGUGAUAAAAGUAAGCCUCAGAAAUUAGACACGACAUUAGCACGUCAAGGCUCUAUCAAAAUUUUCCUCCCAUGCAAAUGCCACCUCAGCGUAGGCAAUGCAGUUAUUAUACCUGAAAAUUUCCCUUGUCCAGAAAACAUCACUACCAAUGCAAUAGUAACCCACAUAAUACCUGCAACCUGGUCAAAUCUAAAUUCCUAUAUCCUCAAUCCCAACAUUAUUAGUACCCCACCACUCUACAAAAACAUUUCCGAAUGCCUAAAUACAAAUUGGACACUAGAGAUACCCCAUCUUAACCUCACAUCCAGCGAUAACACCUUAAAAAACAUUCUAAAAUCAGUAGAGAAAAACUAUCCAAAUGUAAUCACUUAUGGUGAUACACAUAGCUUUCACGGGGACUCAUUUUUUCUAAUUUGGAACAUAACCAUUUCAAUCUUGGUAGCGUACAUCCUAAUUAAACAAAAUAGAAUAGCAAUAGUAGCGGCAGUUCCACAAAUACGUGGAGAAAUAGACUGUCAUGAAAAAAGCCCCUCAACAAGUGUUAAUCACGAGGCUCUCUAUAUAAUAAUUUACACUUCAUGUUUACUUUUCCUUCUAUCCUUAUUUACUUAUAUUUUAUAUAUAACGCUCAGAUACUUCAAAAACAAACCAAAAAAUUCAACUACAACCCAAAAUCCCAUGUCCAUUAGAAAUGCAAAAACAUUUGACGAAACAAUAUUAUACCCAAUCCCCGACCCAGGCAAUGACCCCGAACCGAGCGUCGAACCAAACGCCAUGUCAAGGUUCCGGCUAGAUAUAAAAAAUAGUGCUAGCCUUUUAUCACUGUCCCCUGGUAAAAAAGUAGAUGCUAGUAUAGAACGCAUCGAAAUAGAAUAAUUACUUAUUAUUUUACGCAAGCUUGCAUAUAGUUAGUAUAUACUGGGGCCCCUCUGAAGAUGAUACAUUUCACCAUGUUAUUUAAGCCUUAAUUGUAGUCAUGACAAUCUAAACAAUUUAAGGAUAAAUAUCAUAGUAAUUUGCAAAUCACAUCAGAAAACGUAUAAAUAAUUUUGAUUUACGCGCGUAUAUACAUAUUCGAAAUGAAAUUUAUUGAAAUAAUAAUAUAUUAAAAUGAGAUGAUAAUGGGGAAAUAUUAUAAAUAUAUCGCCGGUAGGCGAGGGACAGCGAGCCUAAGGCACAUAAAUAUUUAAGUAGAAGCUAAAAAGAAAACAUAUUAUUAAAAAUAAUGUAAAAGAAAGGGUCUAAUUAAUAAUCUAUAAAAGUUAAAAAGACAUACAUCAAUAAAAGUUAUUUAGAAGAGAGGGGAUAAACAAUUAAUGAAUAAAAAAUAUAUUUUUUUUGGGUUUUCUAUAAAUAAAACACUUUGUUAUCUAAACUCGAAAUACAAGAAACUUCAAAAGAUCUGAGACAAAGGAAAAUUAAUAAAAUUUGAUUAUGAGUCAAAUUAUCCUAAAAUAUAUAAUACAAAAACUGCGAGGAAGUCAACAAUUUCUCAAGAUAUGAUAUAAAGAUUUAACAUGAAAUCAAAAUGAUUAAAUAUAAAACCAUUAAGCACCAUAUAAUAGCACAUACUUACACUUUGUUCUUUCUUUACAUAUAAACAUACCAUGAGAUGCCACACGUACAAAUUCGACCUGAACAGAAAAUAAGGGUACGCUCCUACCAGAACCACAGAAAGUAGCCGAUGGAACCAGAACCAGAGCCAAACAGGAACACCCCACAUCCGCGCACUGCCUUGUUGUCAGUCCUGACCAUCCCAAUCGCAGACAGGGUGAUGCCAGAGCCAUGGCCAUCCCAGGACAAGCUAAGUUACCACUGCGCCAAUGGUCAAAGUCCAAACUUGCCCGAACUCACGACGCUACCAGCAGCGGGUUGAAGUGUUCAACCUAUGAUCUCCAGUAGGGGAUGCCAACAUUACGAAUCAUGGAUUCAGCUGAAGAUACGGCAGGGGCCAUCCAUAAAACACAGUAAGCUUAUGGGAUAGCUCACUGGAAAUGGUCAAGAAGGGACAAAACAAAAACCAAAAGUUUUGUCACGCCACAGCAGUUGCAAUGAAGGAGUCUCUGUCUACAGGUUCCAGGAAACCGACGGCGUUGAAGGACUGGUACAAAACAAGGGAGAAGUCAGGCAUACAAGGGGGUGUCAUGUGAUGUCGCAAGGGUUGCCAACGGACGAAUGGAGGCGUCAAACCCGUAGGCGUUCCAGAAGAGGAGUCAGACAUACAUGGGUGAAGGUGUCCUAGGACGACACAUGGAGGCGUCAAACCUGUAGGCGUCCCAGACGAGGGGCAGGCGACAACGCUAUGAACGUCGCCACCUUACCCGGCGACCGGACCCGGAUGCUGAAGACAUUUUGUGUUCAGAGACUACGUAGUAUUAAAAAAUGUGGACAUCAAAAGCGAUAGUUACAUUAAUUGUAGUUAAAAUUUAAUGAAUAAUAAGGGUUCAGCUCUAAUUAAUUAUACGUUAUUUAGGUACAUCGUUGUUCUGAUCUUACUAAUUGUAAAUUUUUUUUUCUUCUGGGUCUUCUUCGAUCAUGAUUUCGAUUGUUAACAAUAAAGCUGGAGGCCAGCUUUUCUAUGCCCGGGGGAUAUGUCAAACGAAGAUAAUUCAUUAAAAAACAUUUUAAAUUUUAUUUUAUUAAUAUAAAAAUCACUUAAAAAUAUUCGUUCGGUAUACCAGGUCAUUUACCCACAAAUUGUGUAAGUAACAAUUUCCUGAUUGCAUGAUGAAAUAACCAAGUCAUUUCCAUCGUAAAAAGAUUGCAAAAGUACUUUGUCGAUAGAACGAUGGUUUGGAAAAAACCGGAAAUUCUGCUGACAAAGAAAAUUAACACUAGGGUACGACGAACGAAAUUUGGCAGAGUUACGACCGGGUCUCGGGCAAGAAGAGGUAACCGAAAGCAGUGCGGAAAAGCUUUGUGAAAUGUUUGCUCCAAGAAUAAUAAUAAUGUAAGUACAACAUUUUAUCAUAUCGAAGAAGAUCACAAUUAUUGUCACUUUAUUAAGUUACGUAACAUUACUUUCACUUUAAUUAUAGAAUUCGCUACAUAUUCCCAUGUACUUAAAUUAUUAAUCCUGUUAUGUCGAUCUUAGUUUAUCUCUUGUCAAAUUAGCUCUUUUAUUUGGGUAACUCUACUUAAAUCGUUAUAAUUAUAUUUUGCUGUCAAUACAAGGUAUUUAGUAAACUA